AUGAGGCGAUAUAAAUAAUGUACUUUCCUACAUUUGACACAGUAUGAGUCCCUGAACUCAGCAAGGUGCUGAGAGUAUCAAAAAAGCUGGGGGGUCUCCAGAAGAUUCACUUUUUUAAGUCUUGAGCUCAGACCAUGGCUGACAUCUGGGUCCAGAGGUGCUAUUCAGAAGCAUUUCUCCAGACAGGGCCUGGGUCAAAGGUCUGCCAAGUUGAGGGGCUUGGUAAACAGUCUAACUGAAAAAAAUAUUUUCUCUCCUAAUUUUCUCUUAGAAACCAUAGCACAGAUGACAGGUUAAUCAGUGUGGUCCCAGGAACAUCAGGGUCCUUUUCUAUCUCUACUCCCCUAAAAUAGACCUCACAUCUACGCCUGAUUUCAAACUUUUCCAGAGUGAUGGAAAACUCUACAUGUUGCCUGAGUCUAACUUACACGGCCCCUAGGGUACUUUUUUUUUUAAUUUGCUGAGUGAUCUAUCAAGCACGAUGCAGUGCAAAGAGGACAGAAAUGCAAGUUAAGAAACUCGUUUCCCAGUUCUACAUCUGCCGUUAACUUCAAAACUAGGAAAUCACUUUUCUGAACCUGUUAGCAUGAAAUAACCUCUACAAGCACUAACGUUCUGUGAUUCUUAAUAAAACACGAUACAGCCUGAGAUCGAUUUAGAUCUCAGGUCUUCAUCUGUUGGGGGAGUCACAGGUUCCCGCAGAUCUACAGCCACAGAGAAAAACUGCCCUGAAGCUGGAGCGUGAGCAAAAAUGUCCGUGCGGAACCAAUGGCGGCGGGUAAAGAAGGCGAGGGAACAUAGAAAAGCAAAGGACGAAGGGCGCAGUAACAGUAUUCCAAGUGCAAGAAAGAGAAAAACCCCAGAUAGAAAGGUUAACUGGGAAAUUACGACUACAAUCUUAAACGCUCCCUUAGCUUCUUUAGGCCUCGCCACACCGCGCAGGCGUUCCGCUGGUCUUUUACACCGCUCUUUGACCUCCUGCACCACCCCCUUCCUCCGCAGCCACCGAGAGGCUCUUCCGGUGUUGUAAAGGCGGUUCCGGUUCGCGGCGGUUCCCGGGUUUUGCGUUCCGCGCCCGGCCGGAAACCCCUUCGCCUAGCAGCCGGUUCCGGUUCGGACUUUGUAUUUUUACUAAAGUCAGUGAUGUGAAAAGAUUUGACAUGGAUGAUAUUGCUGAUAGGAUGAGGAUGGAUGCUGGAGAAGUAACUUUAGUGAACCACAACUCCCUAUUCAAAACUCACCUCCUGCCACAAGCAGGUUUUCCAGAGGACCAGCUUUCACUUUCUGACCAGCAGAUUUUACCUUCUGGGCAAGGAAUUUUGGACCGACCUUUUACAUGUUCCACAAGAAGUGCAGCUUACAAUCCAAAUUAUUUCUCAGACAACCCUUCCUCAGACAGUUUUCUUGGCUCAGGCGACUUAAGAACCUUUGGCCAGAGUGCAAAUGGCCAGUGGAGAAAUUCCACUCCAGCAUCAAGCUCAACUUUACAAAAAUCAAGAAAUAGCCGAAGUAUUUACCUCGAAACCCGAAAGACCUCAAGUGGAUUAUCAAACAGUUUUAUGGGAAAGUCAAACCACCACUGCCAUGCCUCUGCGUAUGAGAAAUCUUUUCCUAUUAAGCCUAUUCCAAGUCCAUCUUGGAGUGGUUCAUGUCGUCGAAGCCUUUUGAGCCCCAAGAAAACUCAGAGGCGACAUGUUAGUACAGCAGAAGAGACAGUUCAAGAAGAAGAGAGAGAGAUUUAUAGACAGCUCCUACAGAUGGUCACAGGGAAACAGUUUUCUGUAGCCAAACCUACCACACAUUUUCCUUUACACCUAUCUCGAUGUCUUAGUUCCAGUAAGAAUACUUUGAAUGACUCACUGUUUAAAAAUGGAAAUUCUUGUGCAUCUCAGAUCAUUGGCUCUGAUACUUCAUCAUCUGGAUCUGCCAGCAUUUUAACUACCCAGGAACAGCUGUCCCGCAGUGUGUAUUCCCUACCAUCUUAUACCCCAGAUAUUGUUGCGUUUGGAUCCAAAGAUUCUGAUCCUCAUCAGCCCCACCAUCACCACGCUCUUCCACAUCAGACAGAUAACUUAUCAGCUUCAAAUACACAAUCCGAAGGAUCAGACUCUGUGAUUUUACUGAAAGUUAAAGAAUCCCAGACUCCAACUCCCAGUUCUACUUUCUUCCAGGCAGAGCUGUGGAUCAAAGAAUUAACUAGUGUUUAUGAUUCUCGAGCACGAGAAAGAUUGCGCCAGAUUGAAGAGCAAAAAGCACUAGCAUUGCAGCUUCAAAACCAGAGAUUGCAGGAACGGGAACAUUCAGUACAUGAUUCAGUGGAACUGCAUCUUCGUGUACCUCUUGAAAAAGAGAUCCCUGUUACAAUUGCCCAAGAAACAGAAAAAAAGGGUCAUAAGUUAACUGAUAGUGAAGAUGAAUUUCCUGAAAUUACAGAGGAAAUGGAGAAAGAAAUAAAGAAUGUAUUUCGUAAUGGGAAUCAGGAUGAAGUUCUCAGUGAAGCAUUCCGUUUGACCAUUACACGCAAAGAUAUUCAAACUCUAAACCAUCUGAAUUGGCUCAAUGAUGAGAUCAUCAAUUUUUACAUGAAUAUGCUGAUGGAGCGAAGUAAGGAGAAGGGAUUGCCAAGUGUACAUGCAUUUAACACGUUUUUCUUCACUAAGUUAAAAACAGCUGGUUAUCAGGCAGUGAAACGUUGGACAAAGAAAGUGGAUGUGUUUUCUGUGGACAUUCUUUUGGUGCCCAUUCACCUGGGAGUGCACUGGUGUCUAGCUGUCGUGGACUUCAGAAAGAAGAAUAUUAUCUAUUAUGAUUCUAUGGGUGGGAUAAACAACGAAGCCUGCAAGAUCCUUUUGCAAUACCUAAAGCAGGAAAGCAUUGACAAGAAAAGGAAAGAGUUUGACAUUAACGGCUGGCAGCUCUUCAGCAAGAAAAGCCAGGAAAUACCACAACAGAUGAAUGGAAGUGACUGUGGGAUGUUUGCCUGUAAAUAUGCUGAUUGUAUAACCAAAGACAGACCAAUCAACUUCACACAGCAACACAUGCCAUACUUCCGGAAGCGGAUGGUCUGGGAGAUCCUCCACCGAAAACUCUUGUGAAGACUGUCUCAGCAGAUACAGACCUUGAGGGGGACCAGCUCUUUGUUGUCUACAGCCAGAGACCUUGGAAACAGCUGUUCCCAACCCUCUGUUCUUGUAAAGCCCUUGAUCUUGGCCCAGACCCUGGCAAGAUGCAUUCACAAGCACAUCUGCCUUUCCUUUUGUAUCUCAGAUACUAUUUUUGCAAAGAAACUUUGGUGCUGUGAAAGGGGUGAGGGACAUCCCUAAGCUGAAGAGAGAGACUGCUUUUCAUUUCUUCAGUUCUGCCAUCUUGUUUUCAAAGGGCUCCAGCCUCACUCAGUCCCUAAUUAGGGAACUGAGAAGAGCUUGGAAAGAAUCUCGGUUUCAUGUAAACUCUUGUUGUUAGGCCUUACUAGGAAGUAGGACAGGGCAUGGACAAAAGGUAGAGAUAAAAACCACCAGCAUAUACAUGCACAUAUAUGUACACACAAUUUUCAGGAUGUGUAGUCAGGAAUGUGACUUUAAACUGGACUUUUGGGCACAUGCAUAAGUCCUGCCUCCAGAACUUAUACUUUUCCUGUAUUAUGUCCCUAUGUGAAAUCCUCUGGUUCUGUACAAGGCUGUUUAUUAUCUGUAGCUUCAUCUCAUCCUGAGGCAUAGCACACAAGCCCUGGAUGGACCCCAAAGUCCCAAACAGUCCUUUCCUUAAGAGCAGGGGUUUGCAUGUGCUAACAGUACAUGUCAUGGGGCAGACCUGCCCCAAGAGCAGUCCAUAGGAGUAACAGAGCACUACUUUUGCUGCCGCCUACUUCUGACCAAGAAGAAGGACCUCAGUCUUUAGCAUAAGAUUCCAGCGUUGGAGGAAUACAGGUCUAGUUUGGUCUGUGGCUAGUUAGUUUAAAUAUGUUUCUAACCACAGAUAAUUUCAUAUAUAUAUAUAUAUAUAUAUAUACAUACAUACACACACACACAUAUAUAUAUAUAUAUUUCACAGGGAUAUGCUUUUUUUAAAAAGACUGAAUGUGUUCACCAUUUAGCCUGUAUAUUUAUUUCCAUUUUCCAGAUUCCAGCACACACAGAUCCCAGCCCCUAUGUAGGGUGUUUGUGGACUUGCUAAUGGAAUAUUUUGAGGCCUGGAUGAACUUCGGCUUAGGGAUAGAGGUUAUAGACAGAGGUGGGAUUUUCAGCUGAAAAACGGGUGGAGUUUGGACUGAUCAACUUGAGAUUUAAAAACUGCUAUUCCUUUUGUUCUUUCUAGCAUUUACCCCCAACCCUCUGAGAGCUCCUCAGGCUUAGAUAGUGAAAUGAUCCAAUGCCAGUGUCAUUUUGUACUUAAGUUCCAAAAUAGGAACAUUUUAUACUUUUUUCUGUAUUGUUAUAGGUAGUUUUUUAUGAAAUCUUUUCUCCUCUCCCCUUGUACCCCAUUCUUUCCAGCAUUGUGCUUUCUCCUUGGGCUUAUUUGAAAAUUUUACUCUGUUUUAUAUCAAGCUUGUUUAGUACAUUUUUCUAUGUUUUACCACAAGUUACAAUUUGAAAAGAAAACUAUUUUUUUUAAAUAUUCCAUUGUUAACUGAAUGUUACUGUCUCCACUCCAGCAACUAGAUGUCCUACCUUUUUCAUAACUGCCUGCCUUUGAGGGGAAGACUACCUUUUGUGUGUUUUUUUUCUUUUCUUUCUUUCUCUCUUUCUCUUUUUGUUUUUCUUUCUUUUUGUCUUUCUUUUUGAUAUUUUCCAUAGGAAAUAAAUAGCUUUCUAUAUAUGAGUUGCUGGGGACUUUCACAUUGUCUUUUAGAAAGUUACAGCAUGCAGACCCAUUAUAGGAUUCCUGGAAUAUUAUUUAAUUCUUGGUACUUAACUGUAUUUAAUUGACAACUCAAGAGGUGGCAUUAUGGUGUAUAUUUGGACUAUAAAUCAGAAGACCUGAGUUUUUCAAGUUUUUUCACCAUUGUCUGGGGGACUCAGAAUAAGAUACUUCUCUGUAUUUAUUGUUUUUCCAGUUUAAUAACACUUGUCUUACCUUCCUCAUAGACUUUUUGUACAGACCAAAGCAACAAAUAUUAUAUUUAUUGCUAUGUAUAGCAGAAAAUGAAACAUGCAACAAAAGCACUUUGAAAAAUAUAUAAGGAAUUGUUGAGCCUGUCUGAA